AUGACAUUUUUACUGGGAUAUUUUAAUUAUUUUGGAAUUGAAACGAGUGAAUACAAGGAGAAAGCGUUCGAAUUAUUCACUGAAGCUUCAAAACAGAAUCAUAUAUUGGCUCAAUAUUAUAUUGGAAUAUGUUGUCAAAAUGGAUAUGGAACGAUCAAGGAUCAAGAUUUAGCAUUUAAAUAUUUUGAAAAGGUCGCCAAUAAGGAUUUUGCGGCAGGACAAUUAAAUAUUGGUUACUUUUAUGAGUAUGGUAUAGGAGUCGAAGAAGAUUCGAAAUUGGCAAUUUUUUGGUAUGAGAAGGCUGCAAAUAAUGGAAAUAUGAUCGCCAAAUAUAAUCUUGGCCUUUGUUAUAAAAAUGGUAUCGGUGUUGAAAAAGAUUAUAAAAAAGCUUUUAAAUUAUUCGAACAAUCAGCUAAAGGAGAUUAUUUAAACGGGAUAUCGAUAUUGGGGUAUUUUUAUAGGAAUGGGAUUGGAACUUGCACCGAUGAACACAAAGCGUUUAAUUUAUAUCAAAAAGCCUCAAGUUUAGGAGAUAAUAUAGCUCAAUACAAUCUCGCUAUUAUGUUUGAAGAUGGAAUUGGUAUUAGAAAAGAUAUCGAUCAAGCAAUUUAUUGGUAUAAAAAAUCUGCGGAAAGUGGUUUUCAAAAAGCCCAAAAUAGAUUCGAAGAACUUUCAAAAAUUAAUAAACGAAAAGAUGAUGAUAAUUAUACAUUUAUCAGAUUUGGGCUCUUAUUGCGAAUUGCUCAUCGUAGCAUGAAAGAUUAUGCUGCGGAAAGGUACCUCCACUUAAUAUGA